CUGGAGAAACGAAACUGAAACUUCAGAGAGAGAUUACACUGCAAACCCCCGUAUCUCCCAGCUCAGGAUCAAACCCCCGUAUCUCCCAGAUUUUUGACUUUUUUGUUAGAUUUGCUCAUUUUUGGGCGAAAUAAACUCAAAAAUGAAGAGAAAAAGACAAAAUAAAGAGAGAAAGAAAGGAGCGAACUCUGACCGUCCCCGAGAAAGUGGACGAAAAAAAAAGACCAAAAAAUCUGAGACCACACCCCCAGCCUGGCCCCAAACCCCGCCCACAGAACCAUCAACUGGACCAGGGGACCAGACUGGCUCUCAGGGGCCCAAUCAGAGCUCCAGUGGACCAGGGGAGCAAACUGACCGCCAGGGGCCCGGCAGGAGCUCCAGUGGACCAGGGGACCGGACUGGCUCUCAAGGGCCCGGCAGGAGCUCUAGUGGACCAGGGGACCGGACUGGCUCUCAAGGGCCCGACAAAAGCCUCAGUGGACCAGGGGACCGGACUGGCUCUCAGGGGCCCGGGGGGAGCUCCAGUGGACCAGGGGACCGGACUGUCUCUCAGGGGCCCAGGAGGAGCUCCAGAAAACCAAGGGACGUGAUGGACCGUCAGGGAGCCAACAGGAGCUCCAGUGAAUCAGGGGCCCAGACUGGCUCGCAGGGGCCCGACAAAAGCCUCAGUGGACCAGGGGACCGGACUGGCUCUCAAGGGCCCGGCAGAAGCUCCAGCAAACCAGGGAACCAAAUGGACCGUCAGGGAGCCAACAGGAGCUCCAGUGAAUCAGGGGCCCGAGCUGCCUCUCAGGGGCCCGUCAAAGUGGAGGCUCAGACAAAGUUCAGAACCAGGAUGACCCAGACCGAGCCUGUUAAACUGAUCACUCGCCAAACCCAGACAGAACCGACACCGCCGACCUCUCAGCCCGAGCCUGCAGGGGGCGCUAUGGACUGGGAGUCGACGCCUCCGCCGGACAGAGGGAGCGAGAAAGAGGCAGAAAACGAGAAAAAUGAAGAGAAAGAUAUGAAGAACGAGGUGAAUCUGAGUGCACAGAGAGAAGAGCCGAGCGUUCAGAGUGAAGCAGAGCCGUCAGCAGGAGACCCUCAGAGCUCUGAUUCUGGAUCAGCAGAUAAAGGAGUGAAAUCAUAUGCAGCUGCAGCAUCAUCAUCCUCUAAACCAAUCAGACGCUCAGAGGAACAGAGAGAUCAGACCGCGGAGAUCAGAACCCAAAACCAAGCAGAGCAGAGAAAAUCAUCUCCAGUGAGAGGACCGAGCAAACCACCAGCAAUCACUUUUUACGUGCACAUAGUAGUGGACAAAAAAUUCAGGUUUAAUAGAGAUAAAGACAAGCUUCUGCUCCUCCUUACAGACAGAUCCAUUGAAUUGACAAUGACUUAUUUCAGAGGAUUGCAGGAGAAUGGCUACCUGAUAGAAGCUCAGUUCUCAGUGGAUGAAUGUAAUUUGUGGAGAGGAAGCACAAUAUCGUAUAAAUAUGCAGUUCUCCAACGAAACAAGACCGUAGAGGAAAUCACCACAAGACAGCUCCAGAUCCCUUUAGGCCAAUCUAAAGAAAUCCACCUCUUUGAGCCCCUCAUGAGUCGCCCUGGAUCAUAUAAAGACUGGAUUAGUUUACAGACUCUUACAGGCUGGUUCAGGUCUCCGGAUAAACGUGUUGCUGAAGCGUGGGAGAAUUCUGCUCGCGUCCUACUGGAUAGACUGUUCCAAAAAUGGGAAGCAUCAAGUCAGGAGAGCGUUGGGAAAUUUACUCAACUCUUAGAAAGCUAUAAGCAGAGUUUCCAGGCAGCCAGGGAACAGGUGUCAGAGCUGAUCGCGAAGAAGCUGUUGAGCAUGAUUAAUGUGGAGAGAGAGGGAGGACCCUCAGGAAAAGUUAGAGAGGGAUCCUCGGCGGAUGCCGGCGCUCUGGCGCUCGGUCUGUCGGUGUUUCAGGUUUGCUGUAGAUGUCAAAUCAAACUCGGAAUUAAAGACUGGGGCAAAAUCUGUCAGCUGAUCUCCUCCGGUUCUGCUCCUGAACAGCUACAAGAAAUUCAACAGGCCUUUCCAAAUCUACAGAAUACGCUGAUGGGUCUGAUGAAUCGCUGUGCUCGUCUGCUGGGGUCGGAGCUGGUGCUGCUGGUGCCGGUGCUGCAGGCUGUGGGUCGGCCCGGCUCAGACUCGGGCCGGUUUGGGUGGACUGUGGAGGAGCCGGUCUGGGCCGGACUGCAGAAUGUGGAGUAUAGUUUAUAUAGAGAGAAGAUCAGAAAAUUACCUGACAAAAGGAGAAUGAUGCUGGAGAUGAUUAGAGAGCGCAGGUCGGUGGUGCAGGAGAAUCCUCAGGUUCUGGGCGGCUGGAUCUCUCUGAUGGCGUUUGAGGAUUUGGUUGAUUUUGGUGAAUUAAUGCAGAUUAAUCCUGAAUAUCUGCUGCAGAGUUUAAUGUUCAGACUGAAGGAGAGCGAACUGUACUUUAAUAAAUCCAGCGCAGUGGAUAACACCACCCUGCAGGUCACUGAAAAGAUCUUGAGCUACGUCCUGCAGCGCACUGAGCAGGACAUUACCAGGAUCAGAGGUUUGGAGCAGUUGGUCGGUGUAUCUGAGAGCUGCAGGAAGGUUCUCAGGAUUUCCUGCAGAUUAUCCCGACAUAACCUCCCCACCUUCAGAUCCGGAGUCUCAGCCCUGCAGCUGCUGCUGAAACUGACCUCAGAUCAGUAUGAAGCUCUUUCAGAGGGCGGAGAGGAGAAAGAUCAGGAGAAAUCCCGCCUCCUCUCUCAGCUGGAGAUCCUGCAGAAGGAGAUCAGUGAUUGGAGGGAUGGGUUUCUUCGCAAGCCUCUGUUCCACCAAUCAGCAUUCACAUACCCUCAAGAAAUAGAGCUGUGGGAUUCUCUCUUCAGACUGAAGUGUUCGAUCCCGAGCUUCACGCAUCGCUGGAUCAGCGGUUUGGAGACGGAUUUAAAGAAGAGGAUCUCUGAGCUCAGCGAUGUGCAGAAGAUACAGGUGAACUGUGUGGAAGCUUCAGCCUCGGCUAUCGCAAAAACUCAUAACUCCAUUCAGACCUGCUUCAGAGAACUCUGUCUGUCUGCUGUUACAAACACAUGCCAGUCGGGGAAGGAAGGAGAUCUUCUGAAGAGUUUCUUCUCGUGGGGGACGUCUCCUCCCUCCUCCGUCUUGUCCUCCAUCGUGGUGGAGUCAGCAGAUCGGUUUGGAGAGGACGUGGUGAUGCAGCUGCUGGAGGAUCAGUCUGCUGCUCACGUCCUGCUGUCUCGGGGGGACUGGAGUCGGUGGGGGAUGAGUCCGGAUGCUGAUCAGGUGAUGGAGAAGUGUCAGGCGGCUCUGGACGGGCUGGUCGAGGCUGUUUGUCGGGGGGAUGUUUCUCUCAGAGAGCUGCAGACCGUCAUCAAACACCGGAGCAGCUUCCUAAACAUCUACAAAACCCAUAAGAAUGGUGGAUCACAGGGACACAUCUCCAUUGAUGCUGCGUCUCUGCUGGAUCAGAGAGAGCAGGACCUGCAGGCUCUGCAGGAGCAGAGGGAUCAUGUAGACGCUCUGAUAAAGAUGAUCGGGAAGAUUUCAGAGAUGAUUCACGUUCCUGAGAUCUCCUUAUUAGAGGAAGAACACAAGACCGAUCUUCAGUCUCUGACCCUGGAUCAGCUGCUGGCGGUUCGGCCGUGUUUCUGUGAGGAGGAUCUGAGGGGAAUCUCGGGUUCUGCAGGACGGGUUCUGUUCUACAGCGUCGAGCCGCCGGUUCUGGACACGGCGAGGCAGAUGUACCUCCUGCGAGAGAGUAAUCUUCUCCUCAGCCUCUGGGUGGACCGAGCCGCUGACCUGGCGUCUCUGAGUCCUGGUUCUGACCCGACGUCCCUCAGCCUGGGGGAGACGCUGUCUGAGAUCUGGGCUCCGGCGCUCAGGGAGUUCACGGCGCUCGGCGUCAGGAUCGCUCGAGGUUCUGCCCGGUUCCAGGAGGUGGAUGAGCUGGUGGACGGGUGCGGAGAUGAAGGCGACGGAUCUAAGGUCCAGAAGGAGCUGCAGCUUCAGGCCGUUCAGCUGCAGGACCUUCAGGACCUGGAGGAGAACUGGGUCGAGCUGAGGUUCGGUCAGAUCCAGCAGUACCGGCAGCUUGACCGCGCCGCCGACGCCGCCGACACUUUACUGAGAAUACGAGAGAGACUCGCUCUGAGAGGAGACUUCACUCACAUCCACCCUCUCACUCAACUGAGAGAGGACUGGUUUAAACAGAGGACUCUGGGAUCUCUGAGUGAGGAUCUGAUCAGCGCUAAGGACAGGCUGUCGCAUGUUAAAGCGCAGGACUCGGCCUGCCUGCACGCGUUCCUGCAGAGUGAUAAACUGCUGCAGUGGGUGAAGAGCUGCAUCGAGAAUCCCAGUGAGCUGAAGUUCUUCAUGAAUCUGGCGGGAGAGAGUGAUGCUGAUAUAGACAGACUGGCCAGUUUUCGGGACGCUGUAACGGGAUACAGCCCGCUGCUGUACUCUUUACCUGUGGAGGCGGGGUUUCAGGAGUUACUCACCUGUGCUGAACAGGUCUGGAAGAAUCUGGAAAAGGAUAAGAAACUCACAGAAAAACUGAGAGACUCGUGCCGCUGGCUGGACUGGUUGAAGAGUGUGAGGGAAACGUACGGCUCUGUGGAGCAGUCCUCUCUCUCUCUGGCUUCAGCUAUAAACACCCACGGAGUUUAUCACCUCACCUGGCCUGCAGACUCUUCAGGAAAGAAACAGCUGGGUGGUGUUUUAUAUGUGAAAGUGCAGAGUGAUGAAAUGGAUAAAAUAUAUUCUGUGGAGGAUUUACUGGAGUUACAGAAUAAACUGAUGCUGAUGUCGUCUAAAGGAGAGUGCGGUAAAGACCAGGUCAACAAAUUUACUGAGAUUUUUGAGGGAGCGCAGAGAAUGGGUCGUAUUCUCUUACAGCUCUGUUCAUCCGGCAACGUGUUCUUCCGGGAUUUGGAGGUCCUGAUUAAAUGCAGUCCUGAUGUAGAUCCGUGCAUCGCUGUUCGCUGCCCGUUGCUCGGGAAACGGAUUGUGUACCACGGCGACGUCGCUGAGCAGCUUCAGAGCGUGUGCAGAUCGAUGGAGUUCUGCCACCAAAACUGGCGAAACUUCAUCUCAGACAUGAGGUCCAGAUUCUACGCCCUGAACUACUUUACCUCCGAGCAGAUCGUCUACCUCUGUAACUGGAUCCACAACGUCUGCGUCAGAGGGACGCCGGUACCACGGCAACUGUGGUACCUGCUGUACCCCCUCAAACCCUCCUGCUCCCUAAACGACAUCAGAGAAGCCUUCGCCAAGGCGAGACAUCAGGGUCCUGCACCGUCCUCAGAGGAGCCGGACAUGGAGGACAAUAUGGAGUCAGAAGAAGAAGAAGAGGAAGAAGAAGAAGAAGAGGAAGAGGAAGAAAAAGAGGAAGAGGACAAGGAAGUAGAGAGGGUAAAGGUUGACACUGAGGAAAUGAUGGAAGAACUUCCUGGUAGAUUUGAGCAAGAUCUUUCUUUACCCGAGCAUCAGAUUGAAGAAGACGUGGAAGAGUCGCAAUCGUCCAGUGAUGAAGACGAAGCUGAAGAAGAAUUGAUUGAGCCUCAAACUCAACUUCAGCUUCAAUCUCAGUCUGAACCUCAAUCUAAUCAGCUCCAUCCUCGUCCUCAGUCUGAAGAAGACGACUCAGUGGACAGAACUUCCACGGAGAGUUUGGACGGUUUGUGGCGUCUCUUCAGGAAGGACAUGGUGAGAUAUCUCACGCAGUACGUGGACGUGGAGACACUCGCUACGUUCCUCUCCCGUCUCUCAGACCUGAACCAGGAACAGGUGGAGCGAAAACUGCCGGCGGUUCUUCAUGAGGACAAACCGAACCUGGUCCUGUGUCCCUCUGCAGACCUGAUCAGCACCACGCUGUCCUUCUACACGGAGAGUCCAGAGCAGACCUGUCCCUCUGAUGAUGAGGUUCUGAUGUGUGAGGAGGACACGUCUGAGGAGGAGGUGGAGAUCUUCCUGAGGAGAUGUCUGGGACGAGGUUCUUCUAGUGCCCACAAGAAGAUCUACACAGUGGUGAACCCGGGUUUGUUGAGUUACGAUGUGGGCGUGGCUCUGGCGGAACGUUUCGAGGCGCUGGAGAAAAGCGCUCGGGCUCGGUAUCGCUUAGUGAUCAUCAGCCCCGUCAAUCAGGACAGAUAUGUCCCGUCCUUCUUCAGCAGCUACAAAGUACAGGGAGCUCUGGGCGUUUCUGUGGAAACAGCUAAAGAAUACCUCAGAUACCACCUAACUGCUCCGUUCCAUCAUGGAAGCCACCAGCAGGUCUAUCCUGAAGGUCUCACAGCCUGGAUGAUUAUAUCUAAACGAGCAGCUGUUGGGAAGUCGCUGUACGUUUCCCGGAUGUUUCAGGGUUUUAAGGAGAUGCUUCCAGCAGCCAGUUAUCUUCCUCUCAGACUGAUCGAGUCCUGCGUCGAUGUAGACGACUUCGUACACAAUCUUACUGAGAAGUUAGAAGAGCUGAGGGAGCAGGAUCCUGUCCUGCUGCACAUCGACGCUGCAGCUGUUCGAUCUGGUUUGGAGGAGUUCCUCUUCAGGUUACUGGUUCUGGGGUGUUUGAGUAAUGGUAAAGGAAGACUCUGGAGGAGAAACUCAGCUCACCUGAUCACCAUCGAAACGCUCCUGCCAGAUUCCACUCAUCCCCGACUCCAAUCAUCUCAGAAAGAGCCACAUCAAGGACUCCUGCACCUACUGCCCACCAUUCACUGUAGACCACCAAAAGAGGUCAAAGUGUUGGAGCUCAAAAACAGAAAUGAUAUACAAAGGAGUACGUCUUUAGAUCCACUGAUGGAUAUUCAGGAAUUCCGCAGUGAAGGAAUUCAGAGACCUUACCAAUAUUUAAGGAGAUUCAACAGAAACGAAGACCUGGACCAUUUCAGGUACCGGGAUAAAUCUGUGGAAGGAGAUCCAGUCGAUUGUCUUCAUCAUCUUCUGUCGAACUGUGGUCUUAAGGACCCUUCAUGGGCUGAACUGAAGCACUUUACCUGGUUUCUCAACCUGCAGCUUAAAGACUGUGAGAUUUCCGGCUUCUGCGACCCGAACUUUUUCGCUCAAAGUUUGCGUGGCUUUAAGAGUUUCAUCGUCAAAUUCAUGAUCCACAUGGCGCGGGACUUUGCGUCACCUUCUCUGGACAUCUCUGACCAGAGUCCUUCUCUUCUUGUAGUGCGUGAUUCUGAGGAUGAUCUGCUGUCCAGGUUGACCAUUCGGAAGAAAUGGGAGAACCAGUCUCACCCAUACAUCUUCUUCAAUGCCGACCACCUCACCAUGACCUUCCUUGGUUUUCAUGUGAAGCAAAUGGGAGCUAACCUCAAUGCCGUUGAUCCGCACAGUGGCCAGGUUUUGAUGGGGAAUGUGAUGUCUCCUGACCUGUUUGAUGGGCUUCGACAACAAAGAAUUUCCUUUUCCGAAGACUUUGAUCUGCUGCCAAGAGAAAACAAGAUCAGAAAGAUCUCCUUAGUGGUUGGCGCGAAGGAAAGGUUUGACCCUGAUCCCACGUACGAACUCACUGCAGACAACGUCAUGAAGAUGCUGGCCAUCCACAUGAGAUUCCGCUGUGAGAUCCCAGUCAUCAUAAUGGGCGAGACCGGUUGCGGAAAGACCAGGCUGGUGAAGUUCCUCUGCGACCUGCAGAGAGAAGGGAGAAAUGUGGAAAACAUGAAGCUGGUCAAGGUUCACGGAGGAACUACUGCUGAUAUCAUAUACAAAAAGGUCAGGGAGGCAGAAGGUCUUGCGGUGGAGAACAGGAAAAGGCACAGUUUGGACACGAUUUUGUUUUUCGAUGAGGCGAACACCACAGAAGCCAUUUUUGCCAUCAAGGAAGUGCUGUGUGACUUGACGGUUGAAGGACGUCCUUUGAGGAAAAACUCCGGCCUAAAAAUAAUCGCUGCCUGCAAUCCCUACAGGAGACACACUCCUCAGAUGAUUAAACGCUUGGAGCGAGCUGGACUGGGCUACAGGGUGAAGGCUGACGAAACAGAGGACAGACUUGGGAAGGUUCCCAUGCGACAGCUCGUAUACCGAGUUCACCCGUUACCUCCUAGCAUGAUUCCUCUUGUUUGGGACUUCGGACAGUUGAGCGAUUCAACCGAGUCCUCGUACAUUCGCCAGAUAGUCCUGAAACAAAUGAAAGAGCAUCGCUUGCCUCUCGAGUGCAAGAAUGUGAUCACGAAUGUUCUGGCCUCUUCUCAGAGUUACAUGCGAGGUACAGCGGACGAGUGCAGUUUCGUAAGUCUUCGGGAUGUCGAGAGGUCAAUGAUGGUACUGGUGUGGUUUUACCAACACAGAGACUACCUUUUCCCAAAUUACCAGCGCACUGACGCAGUGCACAUGACUCUGAAAUGCUUGGCUCUUGCUUUGGGUGUUUGCUAUUACCCUUCGCUUGAGUUGCGAGACGCCUACUUGUCCACUGUUUCCAGGCAUUUUCCUAAACCGCUGAACAACAAAGAAGCCCUAGAGCGGGAGAUCAUCUCUUGCCAAGACUUCUUUAUCGACCAAAUCGAAAUCAAACAGCCAAUCGCCAAGAAUUCUGCCUUGAAAGAGAACCUUUUUCUCAUGGUAGUCUGUAUUGAAUUGAGAAUCCCUUUGUUCCUGGUUGGCAAGCCUGGGAGCUCUAAAUCUCUCGCCAAGACGGUGGUAGCAGAUGCCAUGCAGAGACAGACAUCCAAGUCUGAUCUGUUUAAGAAGCUAAAGGAGACACACAUGGUGUCCUUCCAGUGUAGUCCUCACUCGAGCCCAGAAGGGAUCAUUGCAACCUUCAGGAACUGUGCUCGAUUUCAGAAGGACAAAAACUUGGAUGAGUAUGUGUCAGUGGUGGUGCUGGAUGAGAUCGGACUGGCUGAAGAUUCUCCACAGAUGCCGCUGAAAACUUUGCACCCGCUUUUGGAGGAUGGGUGCAUUGACAACGAAAGGCCAGAUCCUCACAUGAAGGUGGGCUUCAUUGGAAUCUCGAACUGGGCUCUUGAUCCGGCAAAGAUGAACCGAGGGAUUUUUGUGUCUCGUUGGGAUCCAAGUGAACAUGAAUUGGUGGAGACGGCCAAUGGCAUCUGUGCGUCGUCCAAGUCAGUGUUCCUUAAAAUAAAGCACCUUCUGCCCAAGCUGGCAAAGGGCUUUUUGAGCAUCUGUAAAAAUGACAGCGACCUGUUCUUUGGACUCCGGGACUAUUACAGUUUGGUGAAAAUGAUUUUUGCCACAGUGAAAAAUACAGACCAGGAGCCUAGCGUUGGUGUCUUGGCGGAAGCUGUACUGCGGAACUUCAGUGGCCAGAAAAACAACUUUGAUCCUCUCAGUCACUUCCAAGAUCUCUUCUACAUUAUUAAUCAGCAGGACGUCCCCAGGACAACCACCUUGAAAAUGAUAGAACAAAACCUUGAUGAGACCAACGAGAGCCGCUACCUUCUACUGCUCACUACAAACAACGCAGCUCUGUACAUCGUUCAGCAGUACAUUUUUUCAGGAAACGGUAAAUACGCCAGCCCUGAAAUCGUGUUCGGUUCUGGCUUUCCCAAAGAUCAAGAGUACUCUCAAAUCUGCCGCAAUGUGAGUCGGGUCAAGACUUGCAUGGAGACCGGACGGACUGUCAUCCUCUUGAACCUUCUCAAUCUGUACGAAAGUCUGUAUGAUGCGCUGAACCAGUACUAUGUUUCCUUUUGUGGACAACAGUACGUUGACCUGGGACUAGGAUCCCACAGAGUGAAGUGUCGAGUGCACAAGGACUUCAGACUGGUGGUGAUUGAAGACCAGGAGAAAGUCUACAACAAGUUUCCUGUUCCUCUUAAAAACCGACUGGAGAAGCACAGAGUAGACCGGAGUACGGACUUGACAGCAUGGCAGCUAAGAGUUCUGGCGAAACUCGAAAACUGGGUGAAGGAAUUUUCACGCUGUAGUUCGUCAGAUUUUAGUUCGACGGAUGCCUUUGUUGGGUUUCAUGGGGAUGCUUGUGCCAGUGCACUGUUGCAAGCCUUGGAAAGAAGACAAAACCAAGACCAGCAGAAAGUGGGAGAUGGUCUUGCUGUCGCCACCGAUGUUCCUACAGUUGAGGUCGACUCUGAUAUCUUAGCGCCAAUGGAGGAGGGUAGUACGACUGUGACCAUCGAGAAUGAGAAAGACGUCAAUGGAAAUCAAGAACGAAUGGAAGGAAAAGCAUCUCCUAGUGCCGAUGUUGUUGGGUCUGAUGUUGACUGCCCAAUGCUCCCCAAAGAGGACGACGAAGACCAAAUCGUAAUGGAUGUAGACGACAGUGACGAAGUUCCAGUUGAGAUCAAAAAGAAUGCAGAGGAAACUGAGGAAAUUCUCAAGUCAUCCCAAGAAGAAAUGGACACAGACCCUGUCGAGACCCUCAAACCCACAAACUACGAAUCCUCUGAAACCAAGGAUGAAGAAGAAGAAGUCUACGAAUCUGCAAAGCACUUCCUGUUGAAAUGUGCCACCCCCGAUUCUGUACUGAGGCUAAAGUACUCCGGGUUGGGAAAACAGGAAAUAGAUCGACUUCAGAAGUUAUAUUUCCAUCAGCAAGACCAUCACUCCUUUAAAGACUUCCUGAGCAGCCAUUUGAAGAACAACGACAAAGACAAGAGCAGAUUCAUAGAGGUAACAACGUUCUCCAGUUUGCUGACUAAAGCUGAUGUGAGAACUCUGAGCCGGGCGUUGGGUUUAUCUAUGGAGAAGAUCCUGCUGCUCUCUCUACACCAGUUUGACACCGAGGCUUCGUUCUGCAGGAGGAUUCGGAGUUUUGUGCAGAAUGUGGGUCUGAUGCAGCGGAUUUUGCUAAUAGAGACGGACAUGGAGGAAUCUCUCUGUAAGAACGAACUCAUCGCUUCAGCAAAGUACCGCACUAUGAAUGAGGUUGUAUCUGUGGGUUCUAGAAGCUGCAGUUGUUACGUGGUUUUCAUCACUAAGCUCUCCAGGAUCUCAAGUGGAAAUAAGUACACUGGAUUUCAGGGAGGGGCGUGGCUUUCCGUGCAUAUUGAUGACCUCAGAGACUCUGACGAAAUGAGUUUGGAUCUGUCAGUUUUGUGUGGAACACCAAUCAGCCGCCUCCUCUCCCAGCCCACACUAACAGAUGUAGAAGAUGCUUCAGAACAUCAAGACCUUGAAAGACCUGAAAGCCACAAGGGGGCGGAGUCUGCGUACCUGCACAGUGUAUCUCUGGUGAAGUCCUGCAGUCAGAAGGCUGUAUCUCUGCUGAGGGACUCUGAGGGCAGUAAAGGCUGUCGGAGUUUACAGCGCAUCCGUAUUCUGCUCCACCUGCUGGGAGAUGAUCCAGGUGAAGCUGCAGGACGUUUCCAGAAGGUUCUGCUGGAGCGGCUGGUGGUUGCUGUGGCACAGAAGGAGGAGCUGAUUCAUAACUCGGGGGAUUGGGUGAAUAAAGAAGCAGCAAAGAGAGAAGCUCUACAGGAAGGAGGAACUCUCAGGCACACUCUGUGGCGCUGUCUACAGGGGGUUCUGACUCCGGUUCUGGUUGGGGUUCUGGAGGUUCUGGAUCGGGACUGUAAUCUGGAUCUGCUGAGUGACGGGAGUCUGAGUAACGGACUGAUCAAGUUCUGGAUCCAGAUCUUCAGCGACCCGCAGAUACUGGACCUGACUCCCCACCAGAACUCCGGCUCCUCAGAGCAGGACGUUGAUGUUCAGUGUAAUCUCCUGCUGGGGGCGGAGCUUCGGCCCUGCUCAGCUCCAUUCAGCUGGAUCAUCAGACUCUACUGUCAGAACCUGUGGGAGGAGUCUCAGUUUCUGCAAGGUGCGGAACAGAGCAGCAGGGCGCGAGUGCAGAGGUUUGUGAGUGCGGUGGAGAGCAGCCGUCUCGGCGGCUACAUCCUGAAUCUCUCUCCGGGCGAGAGGGCGGAGCUGGGGCAGAAAUAUCUCACUGAUUUUGUGCUGCUUUCCUUUAAAAUCAAGACUGAAGAAGAAAUGAAGGUGUUCAGUGCAGCAGUGUUGGGUUGUGUUUCUGCUCUGCAGCAGAGUAUGGGCGUGACUCCAGAUCUUUCUCCAGUUUGGAUCAUGGCAGCAGCCUGGCACUGCCAGCCUCGCCUGGAUGCCCUCUCACACACCCUGCAGCUCCAGCCACACCUGGCCACGCCCAUCCUCCAGAGACAACACCUGCAGAAAGACCUGCCGGACAUGUGUGAGGACAUCCUGGCUCUGGGUAUCUGUGUGGAGGAGACUAAGCUUCAGCCAAUCACAUCGCUUGCUGAGUGCACUUCCUUCCUGCGCAGAGUGGAACUGCUGCAGCCCUGUUUACAGAGAGCAUUAACUCAGAGCUGCAGCGCCCUCUGCAGCCCCGGCUGUCUCCAGCACCUCAGCGCUAUACAGUCAGUAUGGAGGGGGAUGCUGGUGGUAUCUGUGUUUAUUGAGCAGGUUGUGCUGAAGGUGGAGGAGAAGAACGAGAAGCUCAGAGAUCUCUCCAUCAAACACUGCAGCCAAAUCCAGAGACUGAUGGAGGAGAGUCCUGACCUGCAGAGUAAAUCCAGCCUCCAGCAGCUGAUCCGCAUCCUCAACCAGUACCACCACCAGUCCAUCAGCCCCGAGCUACGGUUUGGUGUGAAGUGCGCGGUGUGUCUGCUGGACGUGGUGGAGCCGUGUGUGCUGCAGUGUGAGCAUGUGUUCUGUAUCAGGUGUGUGACGGUGAGUCUGCAGGUACAGCCGGUGAAGAGCUGCCCGAAGUGCAGAACAGAACUGGAGCCCAGUUACCAGCCCACAGUAUCUCCCAGCACACAGGUUGCUCUAGAGGAGUUGAGGAGUGUGAGGAGGUGGUGUAACUCCUUCUUUCUGGAGGUUGUGUCUCGUUUCUGUCUCUGUGAGGGACAGCGCCCCCAGGAGGACAUGGUGGAGCUGCUGUUCUCCCUGCUGAUCUCAGCUCAGGGAGAUGUGUAUAAAACCCGAGAGCUCACUCCAUUCCUGGAAUGUGUGGAUCAGAGUCCUGUGGUUCGAUCCGUCCUGCCUAAACUCCUGCUGCAAUACAGUUUCGAUCAGGUUAAAGAUCAUAUUCAGACGUAUUUAGAGAACCUGGAGGAAAAUCUGCUGGACAAAGAGGACAGAACUGAACUGUACCGUCUCUUCACCAACUGUUUCCAGGACUCUCUGCUGGUUUCGGAUCCGGUUCCGGACGGUACCGAGUUUCAGCAGCAGCAGCAGGAGGAGAUUAACUUCCUCAGCCGUCUGAUCCGUAAACAAACUCCGCCCAGAGAACUCCAGCCGGCUCACUUCCUGCUCACCAUGGCCCGCCUCCGCAAGUGCCUGGACACCACCGCCCGGAUACUGCACAGAACCACCACUCACAACAGCGGUGUGUGGGAGGUGAAGCAGGUGGAGCAGGUGAGGGCGCUGUGUGAGUAUGGAGGUAAUGAUUGGUACAGGGUGUACCUGCUGAGGGCGCUGCACCGGCAGGCUGGUAUAGACUGUGUGCAGGCUCUGAUGAACAGCGCCACCUACCAGUGGAUCUUCCCCCCAGAGCUCCUGAGACUACAGAGGCUGGUUCCGGCGGAGGUGGAUCGGUUCCUCUGCUGUGGUUCUCUGUACCAGGACCUGAGAAACGGAGUCGCCCAACUGUUACUGGACUCCAGUCCAGACGCUCUAAACCACGCCCUCCAGGACCUGACGAAGGCCAGUUCAGGGAGCAGUGUUCUCCUGGCGCUGGCUCUGUUCAGACGGGUCACCUGUCGCCUGCUCUCACCUGACUCUGCCCUUCACCCCAGAGCUCAGGAUGUGGCUGUGCUGCAGGACGUGGUGAGGAGGAGCACGGCGGGGUAUCUGAGAGAGCUCUGCAGUGACCUGGUAUCUCCUCAGGCAGGUGGAGGUGUGGUUUCUCAGGUGUUUCUCAGGGCGGGAGGAUCUGCAGAGCGGCGUCUCCUGAUGGAGCUGCUGGUUCAUGCUGGAGCCGUGUUCAACAGCGGGAGCAGAUUACUCCACCCUCUCCACCUCCUCACCACCAGACCCCACUACAUCAGGGAGGCUUUUUUGCCGACGAUGCCGGAUGAUAACACCGUUAACGUUCUGAAGUGGCUCAAUAAAGAGAGGAAUCUGAAGAUGUACAUGUGUAGUAAAGGCCAUCCCUGUGUGAUUGGAGAGUGUGGGAAGCCGAUGGAGGUGGCGAGGUGUGAUACGUGCAAAGUGCUGAUUGGUGGAAUAAAUCACAAGCCGGUGGACAGGUUCACUUUGGUUCACGGCACGUCGGAUCAGACCAGACCAGGGCAUAUACUCGGCCCCGCCUCCGGACGCUCAGACGCCCCGAACCGAGACCUGAGCAUGGCCCAGUCUGCCGUGCUCCGCCUCCUACUGCACCUCGCCAUGCUGCAGGGGUCCUCAGCCAAUCAGCAGGGCGUUAGUGAAAUGAUCCACCCCGCUGUUCACGAUGUGCACGAGUUUCUGUGGAACCACCUUCAGAAGGACAUGGAGGUUCUGGGGAAAACUCUGAAUCUGAACUGGGACGAUACGGCCAUUACUGUUCACCUGAUCCUCAACACCUCAGCUCACCUCUCCACAGCGCGUGUCCAGCAGGGGGCAGCAGCGUGGUCGUCUCGACAGGCGAGAGAGGACUGGGAGAAGGAGGUGUGCAGGAUGGUCAUCACUCCCACCUUACGGGAUCUGGAUGGGAGUCUGAGGGAAGCUCAGGACCGGAUCUCGGAGGAUGAGCAGUUGUCGGGCAGCAUCCUGAUUAAAGUUCUGCUAGGAGACCCGUCCGGCCUCCUGCCCCUCCCCUCAGACUGCCCCACCCACAGCUCCGCCUUCUGGACCCCCCCGGACCCGCUGACCGUGGAGCGGCUGGUGCAGCUCAUCACCCAGAAACAGGGGGUCCGUCCGGUUCCCCUGCUGCUCCUCUUCACCUGCAGGGUACAGUGUGUGAGACAGUUGGGCUGUCUCCCUGAUCUGGCAGCGCUGGUAUCUGAUCUGAUGAGAGUUUCUCCGGUUCAGUCGGAUUCAAUCAACCCCACCAUCUCCUCCCUACUGCACAGCCUUCCUGCAGGUGGUGAGAGGAGCUGUAUCACUCGGAGGGUGAGGAUGUUCUGCAGGGUGUGGAACUCUCUCAGAGUGGAGCUCUCUAACAGCGGUGUGGAUGCUGAGUUGUGUAGUAAGGAUAUCAGUAUGGAGAGUUCUGGUGAGUAUCUGUCUCUGGGUCGGCGUGGUCCCGGCUCCUGUCUCCACGCUCUCAUAGACCUGCUGUCAGAAACCCACAACAGCCUCGUCCGAGAGUCCCGUAAACUCAGCCUGCAGGACCACAGUGACUACAGCCUGCCUCUGGGGGUGCUGUCUGAGAAUCAGCUGGCUCUCUGCCACCCUGAGAGGGAGCUGCUGCCCCUGGUGUUGGCGCACUGUAACUACACCCUGGUGAAGGGGCAGCAGACGUCCUGCGAUUACGACCUGCAGGCCAUCGAGCGGCAGCUCAACAGACGAUUCCUGGCAGGAAAACCUCGAAUCAAAACGGACACUGACAAGUUCCUGAAGAGGCAUCAUCAGGAUUUCUCAGAAGUCCUGAAAGAUGUUCGCAUGAAGAUUCCACAGGAGCAGUUGAAGGGAUGGAUGUACGGUUCUGUGAGGACGGUUCUGCGCUCGUUUACGGAGGUGUGUAACGCGGUUUACGCUCUGGAGAUCGGCCUGAGGUUCCUCAGCAAAACCGGAGGACGACCAGAAUCCAGCCUCCUCACCUUCCUCCAGAAAUCCCUCCGCCUGGAGCAGGAGAUCUCCAGCAGCGCCGCCAAGGCUCUCGCACAGAACCGGCUGGAUCAGAGUAACGCCACCUGGCAGCUGCUCACCUGCUGGAGGAGUGAACUGAAGCUGAGGAAAGGACAGGAGCCGUUCCCCAGGCUGUGUGAGGAGUAUAAGAGGAGGAUGACGGUGGAGGAGAGGAAGGAGGUGAAGGAGUUUCUGGACGUUACUGAUCUGGAGAUUUUUAUUCUGGAGCUUCAUGAGAUCCUCCUGCUGAAAACAGACCCCUCCUCCCAGAACAGAUACUCUGCCCAGUGGGAUAUCAGAUCUACUCUGGAGAACCGUCUGGAGGAGAAAUCUGCUCGGGUUCUGGUCGGAUUGGACCUGCUGUCCUCAGAGAUCACUCUGAGUAAAGCUGCUGAGGUGUGGAGACUCGCCGUGGAGUUCAGAACCUGAUCCUGUUCACCACUCGCACCGAUUCCCCUCACUACUGUACCAAUAACUCUAAUAAACCAGUUCUAAUAUUAAAUCUGAUUAAAU